AAUAUUAACGGACUUAUCUGUGCAUUAAAAAUUUCAAUAUGUAAAAAUUGAGGACACAAUAUUAAUGUCCAGAAUUGCAAAAGACUUUGCAAAAAAUAUAUACCGAUCUCUAUGUUUAAACAUUAUUUUUAUACUUAUUUAGUUUUAUUAAUCAGUUGUAAUCAUGUUUUCAUUUUUUUAACCCUAUUUUCGUUGUAACAACAACAGUCUAUGUAGUAGAUGGGUAGAUAGCUUAAUUAAAUUAUAUUGCUUGGCAGUAACAACUUAAUUAAUACAAAAUGUAAUAUUUAAUUAAUUAUUAUUAGAUAAAAAAGAUGUACAAUGUAGUAUUGAAAGCCAGCACUGGCCCUAUAAAUAUCCAAAUCAAGUCCAAAGGUAUAACUUUAUUGAGGUGAAACAAUGCAGAACGCUCUCUUUUAUAUUUUACUAAUGUUGAUCGGCAAGGCUUACACCUAUCUUCCGAAAACGUACGAUAUACGUUUUAUAUCAGUUAAAGUAACGGGCCCAGACUUUGUUGAUUUGAGUAAAGUUCGAUUUUUGGGACGAGAUCGCAAGGCAAAUGGUACUGUGGAAGUAAAGGAAAUUAUUGACAAUACAUAUUCAGUGUCUGUUGACAGUUUCAUCGAUUCCAAUGGCGGUGGCGAUUACAAACAGCUCCCCUUUUCUGCUCCCUUACAAAAAUUCUGUAAUGCCGUAAAUUCCCAUUGGUCGUAUAUUGAAAAGACCUUAAAGUACGGGGAAAACACGGACUUUCCCAUACACACCCGCCCAUGUCCCGUGCCGAAGGGGAUUUACUAUUUCAAGGAGGUGCUCGCAAAUACUGACGGUUGGCCGACCAUGAUGCCGCGAGGUUAUUUGAAAGGCGUGGUCAAACUGUUCAAGAAUGGAAAAUAUGUUGGUGGUGCCGAAGCUGUUUCUCUUAUCACAGACAUUGCCCAGUAA